UUUAGUUUCCACGUGCAACUGCCGAGCUCUCAGGAUUUAUGUUUCUCCUUCGUUUCAACUUAUAGUCAGUAAUGGAGAAUUCUUCGACCUACCUCUUCGGAAAGCGUUUCCGUAACCGUUUGUUUGUUGGAGGGUUACCGGUGAAUACAACUGCUCAUGAAUUGGCCAAUUAUUUUUCCAACUUUGGACAUGUCAUAGAGACAAAAAUUAUUUUUGAUGAAAACAAUGUUUCAAAAGGAUAUGGAUUUGUCACUUUUGCCUCAGAAAAAGAUGUUCAUAAUGUUACAGAGAUGGGAACUUUAUUUUUUCGUAAUAAAAAGCUCAAUUUAGGACCUGCUGUGAAGAAACAGGGACCAAUGUCUCCUGAAUCCCCUGAACUUGUGGUUGUCAGCACUCAAAUGAAAGGGGACUUCUACUACCCAGUUCCAUCGUACACAUACUCUGAUAGUCAGUUGUCUCCAGCGCCACAGUAUACAUAUCAACACCCAUGUCAGGUCUCCUAUCCUCACCCUCACCCUCACCCUAGGGGCUAUAUGUAUGUAUAUGAAGAACAGCCUCCACUGAUGUUCUACCAACACCAAAUGCCAAAUGUGCAGAACACUCCACAAGUAGGCUCCAAAUCCUCGACAAAAAAUCAACAAGAGACUGCCACCCAGGAUGAGACGUUCUCGAGAAAACUAAAUUGAACUACCUGUACCUUCUAUGUCAGACAACUUUCUCAAUGUACAUCAUCAUACACAUCUUGAGAGCGUAUUUCUAUGAAAAACUUCAAGAAAACCCUGCUGUGCUGCAGGCUUGGAUUCGAGCCUAGAGCAUGGUGACGAUUGUAUCAUUUUAUCAAAAUCAAAUCAGUUUCAUUUGAUUUUUAAAUUGUGCAUGAUGCAGAUAAUUUUACAGCUUUUAGAAAGCUUUGAAUGUGUGGGGCAAUAUACAUAUAUUUAGUAUAAUUUCAGAGCUGAACAAAGAGUUUCCGGCAAUCUGAUUGGUUGAGUGGUUCCUUAUAUGACCCUGUAUAAACUGCUCCGUGCGGUUUACAUAAAAUGUUAAACUAAAAUGUUAAUAAAUGUUACUAAAAUGUUACGA